GGAACUUGGGAUGAUUAAUUCAGACAUUAUUUUUUUACAAUUUUAAUCAAAAAAAAAACAUUGCUGAAUAGAGGGAAAUAAACACCUAGGGUAAAUGUCCUAAUUCAAAACCAUUUCCAGGCGCUUUAACUUUGACAGAAGAUUCAACACAUUAAGUUCGAUUUUUUUCUGAAGAGAAUUACAUAAAUUUGCUACUUUGCUCUUCUAGAAUGUUACUAUUUACACAGAAAAAAAUAUUUUGUAACCAUCCCGAAAGAAAUUAGGAAAAUUAUUUAUCAUUCUCUAUGUGAAUCUCUAUUGAGUUAUGGGGUUGAGAUCUGGGGCUGUACAAAUAAAACACUAUUAAAAAAAGUUCGAAUAGCACAAAACAAAUUAGUAAAGACAAUAUUUAAUUAUAAUAAAUUGUCAAGUAGUAAAAUAUUAUAUAAUUAGAUUUGCUUCCAUUAGAAAAUUUAACCAAAUUACAACAAAUACUUUACAUACAUAAAAUGAAAAUUGGUAAAAUUCACACACAAAGCAAAAUAGACUUAAAAACACAAGACAGGAGAAGUAAAGGAAAUAUUAUUAACCCAAAAGUUAAAACCACUAAAUAUGGUUUAAAUUCUAUAAAAUAUAUUUCCAUCACACCCUAUAAUAAAUUACCACAAAAACUAAAAACUAUGGCAAAUGAAAUCCAUGUCAAGAAAUUUAAAAAAAUAAUCAGGGAAUACAUUGUAAGCUAGAAUUCUGUAUUAUGGGCGGUCGCAACUCAAUGUAAAAAUCGUACAUAUAGUCUUAAGAAAGGAUCGUUGGAUCCAAAAGGCAGGAAAUAAACUGAAAUCUAAUCUAAUCUAAAAAUUGUUCGUAAAUGUUUGUGAAAUCCUAUGGCAGACUUACGAAAUGCUCGUGAAUUGUAUAACCCACAAAUAAGUUCGUAAAAUUUUGUACUUUUUUCACAAACAUUGUUCGUAAAAUGAUCAUUUGACGAACAUUUUUUGUACUUUUACAAACAUUUGUUCGUAAAUGUUCGUAAACACACAAAAAAUGUUCCUAAAAUUUUGUCAUUUGUUCGUAUUUGUUUGUAAUUUUUUUCCAGACAAACAAAAAUUAUUACGUUAUAUUACAGUGAAAACGUCUUUUUCUAGACAUUUAGAUCUUUGCAUCGGGCGGAACUCGAACUCACAAUACUGUGAGUUAAGCCGGGGAUUUAUCCACCCAAGAACAAACAAUCUUGCCCAUUGCACCACUGAGAUCCCCUACAAUUACCCUAAACCGAAAAUUAAAGUCAUACGUAAGUUUGUAAGAUUCUACACAUAUUGUCCCAUUGAACUAGUUAAUUUAAAGAAGACUCGAGAACUAAUUGAGCUUAAAUUAACUUAAAAUUACUCGAAGUUAUAACAUGGAUUCGAGCAAAACCACUGGUGAUCUAAACUGCUAUUUCAUUCUUCCAAUACUUCUGCAUUUGGAUAUCUACAGAUAGACCAAACAAAACAAGUCAUUCUCAUUGAUAGAAAAAAAUUGUGUAUAUAAAACUCACAAUCACCAGCACCAUCAGUUUCAUUCAGACUGUUAAAAGGUGAACUUGUACUUGGUCAAUUCAUAAGAUUCAAUUAAGCUACGAAAUGGCCCCAGUAAAAUUAUACUAUUUCCCCUUGAGUCCUCCAUCACGUGCAGUGUAUCUAACCGUUCAAAAUCUAAAAUUGGAUGUGGAAAAGACUGUUAUCGACACUACGAAAAAGGAGCAGUUGGCUCCAGAGUUUGUAAAGAUCAAUCCUCAGCAUACAGUCCCAACUAUUGAUGACAAUGGAUUUAUUCUCUGGGAGUCUCGUGCUAUUGUUUCGUAUUUAGUAUCGGCUAAAGCUCCCGGUAGCUCACUGUAUCCUUCGGAUAUAAAGAAGAAGGCCAUUGUGGAUGCGAGACUAUUCUUGGAUCAAGAUUUAUGGGCUGCAACCUCGGCUAUCAUAUUAUCGAUCUACGCUCAUGGAGCUACCACAGUUGCUGAGGAUAAGAAGGAAAAAGUAUACAAGAUUCUUGGGAAUCUGAAUACAUUUAUGGAGGGACAGAAUUAUGUUGCCGGUAACGAUUUAACAGUAGCCGAUCUGGCGCUUUUGGCCAAUAUAUCCACUCUCUACGAAAUUGGAGCUAAUGUUAACAAAUUCAAAAAUAUUGCUGCUUGGUACAAGAGGCUGGAGACAAUUCCUGGUUACCAGGAGAAUCUUGAGGGUGCCAAAGGCAUUGGAAACUUCCUUAGAGCAAAAAUGACUCUCAAAGGAACUUGGGAUGAUUAAUUCACAACUUAUUUUUUUUGGAAAAUAAAUAAAGUAGUUGCUUCUGUUGAA